AUGUCCUCACCAGUUGUAGCAGAUCAAGCUCAUCAAGCGCAAGAACUCAACAGAAUCGCACAAGCCAAAUGGAAACUAGAUGAUUAUGUGAGAAGGAAAAAAGAGUUAUUAAGGGAGCUAGCAGAGUUUAGAUCAAAUGAAAUCUUAAUCAAAGAAGUCAGUAAAACAAUUGAUGAUCUGAAUCGAGAGAAAGAAGAGCAUUCUGAAAUUAUACAAGCCAUAAAUCAUGAUAAGCAAGAGUUAGAAAAAGAAGUAGAAGACACCCGCUUCGAAAUGAGAGAUUUGGAAGGUAAAAUACUCAAGAACUACGAGCAACUAAUGAAAAUAAUGGAACAAUCGAAUGAUAAAAUCCGGGAGAGCGGACUUGGUGAGGACAAUCUAAUAACCGCUGAAGAUAUUCCACAUGCUGACAUAUCAAAGUUGUCACAGGCAGCUCUAUUACAAUCUGUUCCUACUGCUCCAGUUGCAGCUACUUCUUCACCUUUGCACCCGUUCAAAAAUUUAACACCAUCUAUGAUGAAUCCGUUCCUUGAACAGAUGUUCUUAUCAGGCUCACCUGCUACAUUUAGAGGACCUCCAGUUCCUUCCCACAUCAAAUCCACCGACCAUCAAAGUCCUCCAAUGAAACAAUGUCAGUCUUGUUUCCAACAAAUCCACAGGAAUGCACCUAUUUGUCCGAUGUGCAAAAGCAAAUCUCGCAGUAAAAAUCCAAAAAAGCCUAAACGUAAAGAUAUUUGA